CGCCACUGAGGACGCGUACGAUUGUUGUGUGCCGCUGACGUAGUACGCGCAAACCACUCGGUUUGCCCGGUUGGAAGUUUUCGCUCUUGUACAAUCCUCUGAGGAUUGCCAUGGUCUGACAAGCGGCGUUCAAUCACGAUCGGCGGUGUAGUGCCUGUGAACAGGGAAGCAUAGCAGUGUGAACAGUGCGUGGUGUAAAAGAACAAAGUUCCUGAAGAAGCGUUACUAUCAUGAAACAAAGUGUGCACAGUGAUGUUGUGCCGGCAGCGCCCGGCAAUAUCGGUAGCUACGGUAUGUUCGGUGGCAAUGGUGGCCACACCAACACGAACAACCGGAGACGACCCGAGUUGGUACAGUCGGGAGCGUUCGCACUGCUGGUGUUGACUGUGGCGGUGUUGUGCACGGUCGGUGUAGGUGCUACGACGGAGGCCGGAACGAUUGUGAACGCCACCAGUGUGACUGAGUUCCCGCUAAGUAACUCCAGUAGCGGGCGUGCCAGUAGCCGGCCAAUGUUCUCCACCGGCAACCGUCUGUGGGACGCGCUGAUUGCGGACUGUAUGCGUAAGCCAACGUUCGCCUGCAUACAGAAGAACGUGUACAGCUUCCUGGGAGAACAGCUGGACGUGGAGAACGUCAACUUUACGAACCGCGUGCAGUUCCUGCGGAAUCGGGUCGAUUUCACCAAGUACGCGAGCGAAGUCAACGAUGGGGAGGAUGGGGACAAUGAAAACGAAAUUCCGGACGCUCGCAGUGCGUUCGAGCCGACGUCACCGAUCGAAGAAGUCACCACGGCACUGCGGGACAAGAGCCUCAAGUUCAUGCUAACGCACGACGUCAGCAUCCAGAUGCCGGAGGUCAUGUUCGAUGGUGCAAUCUUCCGCAUCCAACCACGCGCGAUCGAGGGUAAUGGGAUGAUUGCGAAGCUGGAGUUCGUACCACGCACCGAGCUGGCGGAGGCACGCGGCCACGGUUCUCCGAGGAUCCUGUUCAAGAAGAUCAAAAAAUUCUUUCAGAAUAAGCUACUGCUAGCCUUCCUGGCGAUCGUGCUCAUCAUCAAGAUUGUCAAGAUUAAGGUGAUGUGGUUGCUGCCGCUGCUGGUCGGCGUCGGUACGGCGAAGAAGCUGGUGCUUAAGUUCCUGCUGUUCCUGUUCCCGGCCUUAUCGCACAUAUUCAAGCUGUGCUCGUACUAUCACGCGUCCUACCACAAGCCGAACUUCCACCACCAUCAGCACCACAUCAACCAUCUGCACACGUUCCAUCCGCACGAUCAUGCACUGCCAGAGUUGAUCUACACGAAGCCGCCUCGAGGCCACCCGUCGGAAUUUUUACACGGAGCUCCCGUUCCACCGCACACACACUAUCAGCCGGAAGUGAACUACGAAUUUACCGCUCCUGGUUUGGGCUCAGAGAUCAACAGUCCGAAGCUCGUGUACGGACCGCCGGGAUACGCUUCAUCCGCCCAGAAACGUAUUCCGACCGGGGCGGCCACCUCGAUAGCGGCCCAGUACGUGUCAGCACCCUCGGGACCGACGCUCUCGGCGGAAGAACAGAUCAUACGUGAAGCACAGCGCCAGGAAGCGUACAGGAUAGCGCAGGAGCAGAAGCUGAUUGCCAAGCAGCAGGCGAUCGUGAACCAGCAGGCCUACGUGCAGGAGGGCGUCACACCACGGCCGGUCGAUCCGUUCUACAGUCCCAUCCUGCAGCGACUAGAUAAGGUGUUCAACUCGCUCGGCAUUGUGGACGAAAACUGCCGGGAGCGGCUCGUCUGCAGCAUGUACAAGAGUCCUGUGAAGUACAGUCCACACAGCAACUAUGUAUCGGCGGAACUCAGCAGAGACGCUUCGGAGCUGCAGAAACCCACCUCAACAAACGCGGCCGUGGUGCGAUUCUACCGCUACGUUCAGGCAGCACGUGACGGCCAAGACCAGCGAGAUUGCCAACGGAUCUACUCCCAGUGUACGAUCAACAUGGAGAAGAAGAAAAAGUAGAAAAAAAACGGGUAGCGUUCGCCGCACGUUCGAAGCAGACAAAGGCGCAGCACAAACACUCAACGAUCUAUCGACACAUACCUCAAAGGACAUGUUUCUUACUCUGUAAAUAGCUCAUCAGUACAUAACUUAGGGAAGAAGAAGUUCGCCACCUGUGUCCAUUUGAUUUUUCCAAACUUUCAUCGAGCCUUCUUCUACGAAGCAACACAAAAAGGAGCGAAGUGAAUCGAAGCAAUCAGGCUAAUGUUAAGGCGAUAGGUUUCACUAGGCACCGGUGCAAUGUGCGAGUAGUGAGACAAAAUCUUGGGUGUAGGGAUAGAAUGAUACGAAUACGUGUAAAAAAAAACAACAGAAGAAAAAUGGCGCGAUAGUUAGUAGUUUGCUGGGAUGGAUAGUUGUAAAUUGCAUGAAUGAUAAUAGGUACCGUGGUCGGAAGAGUCUGUUCGUCCAGAGCAAAAGUCUUCAACCGAUCGAACGUGUUUCGUCGUAUCUUGCACUGUAGGCCAUGUAGGAAUCCCCUUUUUCGGUUUGAUCUUUCGGGGCACGGUUGAUUGUGGAAGGAAGAUUAUUUAUUUAUUUAUUUAUUUAUUGUCUUAUUUAUUGACCUAUUUAUUUGGACCUGGGUGGUCGUGGAUAGGUUUGAGUGAAUAAAAUUUCUUUCAAUUACGAGCGUCUUUCAGUAGUUGUAGCAGAAGUAGGGGUAGUGCAUAAAAAGAAAGUACGUGACAAGUUAACAGCGAUCAUGUGCAGGAAAAAUCGAAUAAAAUUUCAUAGAAUAAA